UCCACUCCACCCCAAUGGCGUCGCCGCCGCCGCCCUGCCCCGAUGCCCCGGCGGCUCCGCAGGCGCCCCUCCCGGACCACCUCACGGAGGACAUCCUGCUCCGCCUCCGCACGGCCGCCGACCUCGCCAGCGCGUCCGUGGCCGGCCCGUCCCUCCGCCGCAUCGUCGCCGACCACUCCUUCCUCCGUCGCUUCCGCGCCCUCCACCCGCCGCCCCUCCUAGGUAUACUCUCGGCUCGCUUCUUCCCAGCCGAGGCGCCCCACCCCUCCGCCGCCGCCGCCCAAACCCUCGCCGGCACCGACUUCUCCUGCUCCUUCCUCCCCUCCCGCGAGCAGCGCUGGCGCCGCUGCGACUUCCGCGACGGCCGCGCCCUUCUCUGCGUCCACACCGACGGCCGUGCCAUGGUCAGGGACGUCGCCGUCUGUGACCCGCUGCACCGGCGCUACCUCCUGCUACCUCCCGUCCCCCAGGACCUGUCCGAUCUGGUCAAUCACUUGGACCCUUUCCUUGCUCCUGCCGUCAGAGACGAGGGCGCAGACACUGCUGCGGACGCUCCCUUCAGAUUCAGAGUCAUGUGCUUGGCCAAAUGCCAGACCAACUUGGUCCUCUACGUCUACUCUUCAUCAGGUCCCCAUGCCGGGCAAUGGCGCACCGUCACAUUUGAUGGUUGGACCGCUCUCCUCGCGGGAGCCAGUGACCAUGCGCAAUCCUCUGCUGCGUUCGGAAAGUGCUACUACGCGCACGGGUCCUUCUGUUGGGCGAUAUGUGCCAUCAACAAGUUGCUCUUGCUCGACACGGCUACCAUGGAGUUCUCCUCCGUCAACCUUGAUCCUGACCUCAUGAAUCACGAGGUGGCCUUUGUGGAAGCAAGCGAAGGGAGGCUUGGGAUGUUCGCUCUCAGCCAACUUCCCAUACACUUUGUGCCUCGCCUCCGGUAUUCCAUUUUGGUUACCACUGGGGAUGAUCCAGGGCAGUGGCAAAAGAAAGAGGUAGUCACAUUGUCCCAUGAUUACUGCUACCAGAUCGUUGGUGUAGCUGGGGGGUACCUGCUGCUAUAUGUGGUUACAGACGACCCGGAUUCGUUCCCUCCGAAUAAAGUGCCUGACGCGGGCUGCUUUUCACUGAAUCUUCGCACUAUGGAUCUUGAGCGCUUCUCUCGGGGUAGGGACAUAAUAUCAGCGCGGAACCAACUGUAUUCGGGCUUCCCGCCGUACUUGUCUCCACCAACCAUUUGAAAGGGGCUUAAUCUGCUGGGUACAGGACCAAUUGACUCUGUCUGGACUGUUAGUGACUUGAUCCAUGUCAUAGUGCCAAGCCGGCCGGUAAUUGAUGGAGUGCCUAGCAGCAGCAGCAAUGGUGAUUAAGUUGCUUCGUUCCUCUUAUUUGGUGGACUGGAUGGAACCAUGUAUGCUUAUGUAUGCACAUCGUGUUAAUUCUGGUUAGCACGUGUAAGUGUCCUGUUGUUCCGUUAACUUGUAUGUUUCAUUUCAUCUUGACGCUCAGUAAUGUACUAACAGUGUACUCAUGGCCCACAUCAGGGAGAAGAGAUCUUCUUUCCAAUCUUUA